CGACGGAGUAACAUCGCUUCUCUACAAAUCUGUCAUUCGCAACUGUACAAAUAGAAGCGUCAACUAGCCUCAUUUUUUCCUUUUACUCUCGCAGCAAAGCGAAGUGCGCCAUUGAAGAUCGUGACAGGAUGAGAACCAACACGAUUUCCGGUCUUUUCUCGCUUUACUUAUCGAUCAUCCUACUCGUGAUCUUAGUUUCCAUCAGUGAUAAGGCAUAUGCUAAACGUGGUUGCGCGGCGUUCGGACAUACUUGUUAUGGUGGUUAUGGUAAAAGAUUUGAUUCGACUGUGGAACGCAACAGUUUACAAAACAGCAUCACCCGGAAUAUUCAAGAAUCUAAAGUACCAUUGUCAAAUGUCGAAUUAUUUUACAUUCUUCCGAACGACGAAUUUCGGGAACGAUCUGAUCAGUCUUUUAUGAGGACUCACAGAGACACUCAACAAGUCAAUGUUCAUCCUCUAUCGUUUUUAGUGGAUCACUGGAUAGCGUUGCAUCGUCGCCGACAUCAUACAAAUAUGGACAUUACUAAUAAGUAAAGGGAGAUGAAUUACCGUAUACCAAAAUUAAGCAGUUUCGUAAAUAUUCAUCUAUAUCCAAAAGAAAAUAUCGAUGCUAUUAUUAUGAUUUUAAUUUAGUUACGCGUAUCACAUCU